AUGGUUGUAAAGUACAAAGCAAUAGUGAAUCGUCAUGGUGGUACCGUAGCAUUUAAGAGCGCCGCACGUACUCUUGCGUCGUGUUGGGCUGUCUUUCCGAUUUAUUGCAUCCUUACCAAUUCGGCUCUCUCGACGAGCAGCGACAACUUUUGCGCACCCAAGCCUAGCACGAAAUCCAUACAAACUGGAAUUGCCGCUCAUCCUUUCCACUACAAAUCUGCCCUGAGCGCGGUAAUUGAAAUCUGGCGCACCAUUGAUCUCGCUGCUAGCAAAAUCCCAGGAGAAGCUUGGGGCGGCGCUUAUUCCAAUCAGCACGGUGCUGUACAGCCCAAAAGCCCCGACACCCCGAGACACUGGGGCCUGCGUAAGAUCAGACUGGCCUGGCCUCCUCUCGUGCGGCAGCGUACGAAUCAGGACGAAGGCCUGUCGGGGAGGGACGGGCCCUCAACUCCAAAGGCCACGAUGGGACGCAAACCUGCACCUCAGCCGCUGACGCUUCCUGAGUCCAACCCUGUCGCUUCCUCGACCAGCAAUGACCAACAGCAACGCAUAGCUCCCGCUGAAACGCUGCAAGUCAACUUGUCACCCGCAGACUCACGCUCACCACGUUCGCCCAAAUCACCUCGAUCGCCGUUCAGAUUCCACAACAAGAAAUCGCCGUCCUCCGCCACGUCGCCCUCCGCUACACAAGCGCAGUAUCUGCAACAUCAGCAUCAAGACCAGCAACUACAGUCCUGGCGACCCUCCGACGAGCACCCAUAUCCUCCCAUAUCUUCCGCUUUGGAACAGGUGCCUUCUCAGAACCCUACCGAGAAACGAGCCGACGCUGGCGACUUGCACAAUUCGCAAGAUAACGGUCGAAAUAACGCAACCACCAACAAGGCGUCACGGCACCAGCACAAGUCGUCGCAGCAAUCACUGCGCUCCCAGCAGCAGCAGAGCCAGCACCAGCGGCACGGCGACGACAAGUCGUCCAAGUCGGGCUUCUUCUUUAAUUUUGGCAAGUCCGGGAAAUCGACCGAUAGGCUUCCCUCCCAUCACAAGUCCGAGUCCCGGGCCGACACAAUGUCGAGGGGCUCUGAUAACUCUACUGUCACCAAGCAGAACUCAAAGCAAUCAGAAACUACUCCAGCGGAUGGUAGUAGUGCGAUACACAGAACAGACAAUUCAUUGCCUUCCAAGUCUAGCAUAUCUCUGGCUUCCUCGGUCGACAACGAGUCUAGCUCCGGGAAGAAGGGAAAACCGAAGCCUUUCGCCCUACUCGGUCGCUCAAGGUCACAGAGAGAAAGGGACAGGGAAGGUCAGCUCAGCCCCAAAGAUAAGGAAAAGGAGCCACCCGCAUCUGCGAAACAGCCGGAAAUCGAAAAGCCCGAGAGGGCAUAUACGGCGGGAGGACAACAUCCGUUGCGAACCGCUCCUGGGCAGCCCGAUCGCAGCUUCCGGGACAUGAUGUCUUCUUCCAGUCGAAACCAGUCAGCGGAAAGGAGUGACAGGAGCCGGACAAGAGAUGCGCACGGCCGCGACAAGGAGAACCAGAACCACCGGGACAACCACCGGGAUAAUCAUUCCAAGGUGCAAUCCUCCACCAGUCACAACCAAAACACCUCGGGUUCGGCAUUUUUUAGUGGUCUGAAGAGCUCCGGUAGCAAGGCCGCAGAUAUGAUCAGCAAGGGUCUCUUUGGUAAGGGUGGAAGGAGUGGCAGCACUACCGAGAAGGAGCCGGUGGUGGACGACGAACACUACCAGUUGAAAGUCCUGAACCUGCCCCUCCGUGACCAGGUCCGCCGCACACGCAUUUCCAAGAGACUCGAGGACUCCCGUGACAAGACCGAAUUCUGGAUGCCGGCGUUUCCGUGGCGUGCAAUCGAUUAUCUUAAUUACAAGGGAACGGAGGUUGAAGGCCUGUACCGUGUGCCAGGGAGUGGUCCGCAAAUAAAGAAGUGGCAACGCAAAUUCGACGAAGAAUAUGACGUUGAUCUUUUUGCUCAAGAUGAUCUUUACGAUAUCAACAUCAUUGGCUCUAUGCUCAAGGCCUGGCUCCGACAGCUACCGGAUGAGCUCUUCCCCAAGCAAGCUCAAGAACGGAUAGCGAGGGAGUGUGCCGGUUCAGAAACGGUACCUCAGAUGCUGAUAGACGAGCUGUCCAACCUGUCACCCUUCAAUUAUUAUCUCCUCUUUGCCAUCACAUGCCACCUCAGCCUAUUGCUGGCCCAUUCGGACAAGAACAAGAUGGACUUCCGCAAUCUCUGCAUUUGCUUCCAACCAUGCAUGAAGAUUGAUGCGUUUUGCUUCAAGUUCUUGGUCUGCGACUGGCGGGAUUGUUGGAAAGGCUGCAAGGACGAGGCAAGGUACAUCGAAGAAGAGUACAUGCUGUUUGACCAACCGCCACCACGGGGCCUUUCAGAACAGAGGAGACGCCUUGAGGAGAGCCCCAUGGAGAACAGGACCGUUUCUUCAUCGGAAACCGCCUCGCAAUCCAAUCGAGUCGAGAAACAGCAGUCACAACAACAAAAGCAACAGCCAAAGCAACAGCCAAAGCAGCAAGCAAAGGAACAGGCCCCGCGGCCACGCAAGAAGACUCCUCAAGAGACCGACGAUGCGUCAGACUCGACCAUAUCGACAACCCUGACAAUAGACAGCAAACAAGAGACGCCUCCCAGGCAGCAAGGAGACAAUAUGCGGCCUCUAUCACCGAUAAAGCCGCUGUCGCCGCUGGGCUUCUAG